ACAUUAACGGCAGGAGGAGACUCAGAGGAAGGAGGCGGAGGAGGGUCUGGCCGGGAUGAGUGUAUUUAUAGGAGCAGAGAUGAGGAGGUAGAGCGGCAGCAAGGAGAGCAGGAGGGAGCCCGAGGUACCAAGACGGAGGGAGGAGGUUCCCGACACAAUAACACAAACAGGGAGACAAAGGAGGAGGAGGAGAGGGAACCAUGCUGCGGAGGAAGAGGAGCGUGUCCUUUGGAGGCUUUGGAUGGAUUGAUAAGUCUACAGUAAGCGCCCUAAGAGCUCGUAAGCAGGACCUGCUGACCAUCCCUAAUGUUCCUGUGGAAGAGUGCCCCCCGUCUCCCCCCCGUACAGCACCCCCCACCAUGAAGUCGGCUCAUUUCUUUGACACAAUGGACAAGAUGGAGCAGGUGCCAGAGGCUGCUGAGAUGAAGACAAUCCCUCAGAGACAGAAGGACAACUACAUUCCUUAUCCAAGGAUCGAGGAGGUGUUGGAGAGGGGGGCGCCAUACCCUCAGGUCAUCCUGCCACAGUUUGGAGGUUAUUGGAUUGAGGAUCCUGAGGCUCCACCUCCUACUGUGCCUCCUCCAACCUCCCUGGAGUGCAGUGGUGAGGAGGUGAAGGAGGGACGAGGAGAGGGAAGAAAGGAGGAGGAAAGUGCUGCUCCAGGAGAAUAUGGGUACCAAUUGGAGGAGAUCAACGAGGCUGCACGAGCGUACAGGAAGCACUUCCUGGGCAGGGAACAUCUAAACUUCUUCUGCUCAGCCAGCAGUUUGGGAAGCCUGCUGCUGUCUGUGAGACAUGAAGAGGAGAAGGAACAUGAAUACCUCCACGUCAUCAUCAGGUCUCGUCUGAAAAGCAUCUACCACAGAUUAUCACUGGCAGAGCUGGCGGACAUCCCAAGUGUGCCGGAGCUGGCCAAGCUUCUAUGUGAUGAAGCAGCAUCACUGCGGUUCAGUCCCGUCCUCUACCCGAAGGUGUCUCAGCUGAUCGUGAACUAUGACGAACACGACUUGAACAACACCUUCAAGUUUGGAGUCGUCUACCAGUCGUUUGGGCAGGUGUCUGAGGAGGAGCUGUUCACCAAUAACGAGGAGACUCCAGCCUUCACAGAGUUCCUGCAGCUGCUGGGAGACACGGUGGAGCUGCAGGACUUCAGGGGGUUCCGGGGGGGUCUGGAUGUGUCUCACGGUCAGACGGGUUCACAGUCCGUCUACACGGUCCACAGAGGACAAGAGAUCAUGUUCCACGUUUCCACCAAACUGCCUUUCACCGAGGGAGACUCGCAGCAGCUGCAAAGGAAACGCCACAUAGGAAACGACAUCGUGGCCGUGGUGUUCCAAGAAGAGGCCACACCCUUCGUUCCCGACAUGAUCGCCUCCAACUUCCUGCACGCCUUCAUCCUGGUGCAGGUGGAGGAGUCGUGCUCGGACAACAUCAGCUAUAAGGUGUCCGUCACGGCUCGAGAAGAUGUUCCACCGUUUGGACCCCUGCUUCCGAAUCCAGCUGUCUUUAGAAAGGGUCCAGAGUUCAGACAGUUCCUCCUCACCAAACUUAUCAACGCAGAGCUGGCCUCCUACAAGAGCGAACGCUUUGCCAGACUGGAGGAGCGGACUCGCUCCGCCCUGUUGGACAACCUCCUGGAUGAGCUGCAGAGACGCUCGCAGUGCAUGAUGGGAUUGAGCUCAGGUGUGGAGGAAGAGGGAAGAGGUGAGAACGGCCACACCCAUGGAGGACUGCUGGAGUCCAUCAAGAGAGCUAUGAAGGGGCGCAGCGUAUCCAUGGAAACCAUGUCACGGCUGCCCACCAGUCUAAGUGGGGGUGGUCUGGCCCACCUGAGCAUUGAGAGCAACGUGAAGUCUCCGGUGAAGAGGCGCUCAGGCCUGUUCCCUCGCCUGCUGAGUGUCGACAGCCAGACAGACAAACAUACCCACAGGAGUCUCCUCAGCGAACAGCGUAGCUUUGACUGCUGCCACCCGAUGCUGGAGGUGAGGUCGGAGCUGCCGUCCAAUCCCAGCUCUCCAGAGGCGGGACAACGGGGCAGGAUUCAUCCGAAGAAGGAGAGCAGUAAGAUUUCCAGAUCCACAUCCAGCACCUGCAGCUUCAGUAUUCCUGCUGAUGAUGUGCACCUGACUGCGUCGUUGGAGGCUUCCUGUCCGCUGAUCGUCUGCCGCAGCCCCACAGAGCUGAAAAACAAGAACUCUCCCAGAUCAAACCUGAAGUUUCGUUUCGACAAGCUGACUCACUCUGCUGCUCAGGGAAACUGAACUCUGACGAGGUUCUGGGAGGUUCUGGAAGAGAAACUACAUGGAGGUCCAGUCUUCACACAGGACCCGGAAUAUGGACUAAACCACCGAAUCACCAACAUCUCCCCAUGUUCCUUAGGCUCUCCUGGUUCUGCCUGAUGUCAGAAAAACCCGUGGAAACGCCAAAGACACGGUUUCUGCUGCAGAGACAUCCUGUUGUUUUAAACAUUGAAUGCAUCGUCUUUUUUUUAAAGCAGUUUGUGUGUUUCUGGUUUCCUUCUGGAUCCCCAUGAAGAUGCAGAUGAAUGUGGAACAGGAGGGAGGUGUUAGAGGACAAAUAUUCUACAGUUUUUCACACAGAUCACUGAAAUGGUUCUGAAGCAUUCAGAGAUUCAGUCCAACAAAUCCUGAUUCAGUUCUGUCCUUCCAGCUCUGUUCAUAGCAGCUGUUUGAUCUUCUCCAACCUCCUCUUCCUCAGGAUGUUCCUCUUCUAAGUGUUGCCAUGCAGAAAUUCAGAUAUCAUCUCCCAAAAUCCAUUCAGAGAAUCCUGAAGCAGAAUUAAAUGUGAAAACAGACUGAGAGCUCUGACUGGACCACAGUUAGGAAGUUCUGAUUGUCAGGAUAGCUUUGGUCCAUGAGAGGAGAUUUUGGACACAAAGAAAACAGGAAGGAACCCAGAACAACCGAAACAGAACAAAGAGGAAUGUGCUGGACAACCAGAACAGUCUGGCUUCAAAUAAGCUGGGAGGAGUGGUGAUAGAACCAGCUGAGGGUGACCACGGACCUCUAGAGGCCAGAACCAGAAACAAUAAAAACUAAACACAGCUGUAGAUCAGGUCAAAGUCAAUCAAACAAGAACUUUGGCUGCUUCUAAAAUAUUUUUAACUUAAUUCUCUUUAUUUAUGCAGCGCCAGUGUACAACAGAUGUCACCUUACAGGAUAAAUGGGUCCAGUUAUAUAGAAAAGGUCCAAAUUUAGUACUGGUCAUAAUACUGGUCAUACGGUCCAGUUCAGGUCCAAAUACAGUCGAAUUCAGGACUCAGCAUAAUAAAGUACAAUCAAAGUCGACUGGUAAAAACCCUAUAGAAGGCCAAACUAUCGGACCAAAUCACUGCAGCCAUCCCUCCACUUGAACUGGACCGUAUGACUGGGCGGUACUGAAAUGAACGGGAUUGAUCUAAACCAUAUCUGGACCAAAGAGCCACAGGACAGGGAGUACUUUCUAUGUUAAAGAGUCACAGAGUUCAUGACAGCAGUCGCUCCUUCAUUCAGCUGAACACAGAUCCACUGAGCCAGGAGUACUUUCUACAGGAGAGAAAAAAACAAAAGGAGAAAUGACCUAAAGAGAAACCAGGAAAAGACCAGAGCAGCCCUGUCAGGUCCGGGUAUAGGAACCAGCAAUACAGUCCAGGACAGAGUGGCUCCACACAGAAGGUCCAUAAAAGCUUUCAUUUGAUCUAUGAAACAUCAGACAGAGCAGCAGGUGGACUACCGUCCAAGAAAAAGGCAAAACGUUUCCUCUUCCAAUGAGCAGCGAAUGCAUCAUGACUGCAGAAGGUUUCUGCUCUCAGCUGCUGGAACAGAAUCCUGCAGAUCACUUCGCAGAAAAGAACCAAGAAGUUCACGUUAUCACAUGUUUCAUCUGGGAUUUCCAGACGUGAUUCACAUGGGCAAAACCUUUUCACAUAACAAUCACGUGUAGGCAAACAUUUCACAUGUGAGUCACAUGAGAAACUGUUUCACAGACACUUCACAUGUGGAAAAUCAUUUCACAUAUGUGAACUUCAUGUGUUUUUUUUUUGUGAGGGUCUCCAGAGAUCACUGAACUUAUUAGACGCCCUCACGGUUUCUCCUGGGGGAGACACUGCAGACACCUUCAUAAAUGCUUAACAUUUUCCACAAUUCAGUAAAGUUCUCCAGAAGGUCCUCCUGUCUUUUAAGACACGGAGAAAAACUAGGAUAAAGAAGGAGGACUUCUGGAUGCUCCUUUGCUUCUUCAGCUGCCUCAGACCUGCAGCUUCUCUGAACGUCUUGGUUCAGCAGAGCAGAUUUCAUCUCAAUCACUUUACAUCAGAUUUUUUUAAGCUUUGAGGACCGGCCCAUAAAUUCUGAGUCUGUGGAUCAGAAACUGUACCCGGCUCAGCAGCCCAUUUCAGUUCUGCAACAUCUGAUACUGUCGGAUUGGUGGUUCCUUCCAGAACCAGCCUGUAAGUACGGUCUACAGGACAGUUUUCAGGCAGUUUUCCGUCUUUGUUUCAGAGAAAUCGUUUUUUUCCAAACCUCACAUUAUCAGGAAAUGUGAAAAAUCUGUUAUAAUAGAUUUUCCUUCAAACAUUCACAGUUUGUAUGACCUUGAACUCACCGUGUUAAGUUUAAGGUCUCAAGAAAACAACUGAAAUCAGUCGUUUCACUUCACGUCUUUCAGUGGAUGUUUGCUUCUGGAUCUGACUAAAGGAAUCAGAUGAUGACAAUAAAUCUUCACAGACAUCUUGCACUGACGUGACGCAGCUCUGCGGUCGUUGUACAUUUCCUUGCUAAAUGCUACAAUCUUGCACUAAAAACUAUUUCUUUGUUGUGUCAAGUCUUGUUCCAGGUUUUCUAAAUAAAAGUUUGGUUUUAUUUUGUCAGGGACCCACUGAUGAUGCGGAAACACAAAGAUGUCAGUCAGCUGUGUAUGUAUCUUUCAUCAUGAAGGAAAACUGUGACAUGAAAAUCUGAUGCUAUAAAGUUUCUCAAUCGUUUGCA